AAUGCCAUCAGAAAAUCAUAAUUAUAUUUCCGGAUUGAAUUUAAGCAUAAUUAAGCUGUAACUUUGAUUGAAAUCACCAUGACAGAUAAGGAAAAUGCCCCACUUUCCGCCGUUUGUGUGAAGGCGUUGAAUGACAAGCUGUAUGAAAAGAGAAAGCAAGGCGCUCUAGAAAUAGAAAGAGUUAUGAAAGAGUAUGUGCAAAGAAAAGAUGAUGUGCAAAUAAAAUCUGUCCUGAAGAUUUUAGGAGACAACUUUGCUCUUUCAAGCAACCCAAAUUCCAGGAAAGGUGGUCUCAUUGGUCUGGCAGCUGCUUCCAUUGCUCUAGGAAAGGAUUCUUGCAAAUAUGUAAAUGAGCUUGUAAAGCCAGUACUACAGUGUUUUAAGGACGCAGACAGCCAAGUUCGCUACUACUCCUGUGAAGCUCUCUACAAUAUUGUUAAAGUCACCAGAGGAUCUGUUCUGCCUUUCUUCAAUGAAAUAUUUGAUGCACUCAGCAAACUGUAUGCAGACCCUGAUCAGAAUGUGAAAAGUGGAACAGAACUUCUUGAUCGAUUAAUGAAGGAUAUAGUCACAGAAAGUGCGUCGUUUGACCUAGUUUCCUUUAUCCCUCUGCUGCGAGAGAGAAUCUACAACAAGAAUGAGCAUGCCAGGCAGUUCAUUGUGUCCUGGAUAGUGACACUGGAUGCUGUACCAGACAUCAACAUGCUGGUGUUGUUACCAGAAAUCCUAGAUGGACUCUUCCAGAUACUGGACGACAGAAAACUAGAGAUCAGGAAAAUGUGCCAGGACUGCUUGCGUGAGUUUCUGAUCGGGAUCCAGAAGUCAAAGACAUAUAUAAACUUUCCUCAGAUGGCUAACAUUCUGAUUUUCCACAGUGAGAACAUGGAAGACGACAUAAUCAGCAGUACAGCAAUCACCUGGCUACGGGAAUUUGUGUUCCUUGCUGGUCGCCUCAUGUUGCCCUACACUUCGGGCAUACUGCGGGCCAUACUGCCUCGUCUAGCUGUGGAAGAUAUAGAAAACAAGAGCAAGAAAAGUGUACGUGAGGCAGCGGAAAGUUUAAACCGGGUUGUCAUGGAGCUGAUAGAGGAAGUAGAUGACAAUCCCACACCUGCCCAGACUCCUUCACAGGAGAGUACUCAGGGGCAGACAACUCCAGAAAAUAUAAGGGAGGUCAUCUUUACUUCAAAAGGGGAGGUCACUUCUACAAGCAAAGAUAUGGAUAGCAAAGUGGAGUCUGUCACUGAUAAUGGUCAGAAGGUUUACAAAUUAACCACCUGUGAAGUUUCAGCAGGGUCAUUACAGCUUGAUGUCCUGUCUGUGAUAGAGACGUUGUGUAUGUUGGUGAAACAUCGCGAGUUCCAGACGCGCAUCGCCUCACUACGAUGGUUCAGACACCUGCUGGCAAAGGUCCCACACAAGACAUUCCGUCACAUGUCCCUAAUCUUCCCAGAACUAAUGAGGACUCUGGCUGACAUUGACCAAUCGGAUGAGGCAGUCCUGUUGGCUCUUGAGACACUAGCUAAGAUCACUUCAUACCCAAUAGACACCAGUGCGAUAUCUUCGAAUGAACACACUUCCUGUGCACAGGAUAGUCAACUUCAAACAGGAAUAAAGGAUAGUUCCACACAGAAGACUGACAGCGACUCAAAGACUAGUGGAAAUGGCAUAGUUUCAAAUGACAACUUAAUAAGGCAUUUAUCGCAAUGUCUAAAGACCGUGAAUGUGACAAAUAAAUAUUUUUUGCAUUUUAUGGUCCAAUUGAUUGACUGUUUUAAGAAGGAUAGAAUAUUACUAGAGAGAAGAGGAGCAUUUAUAAUCAGGCAGUUGUGUGUAUUGUUGAACUCGGAGGACAUAUUCCAGUCGAUGUCGGAGAUCCUGAUUCUGGAGACAGACGUGAAGUUUGCCUGUACCAUGGUUCAAACACUCAACACCAUCCUCCUCACCUCUACAGAGCUGUUCAACCUACGGAACCAGCUCAAACAUCUUAAUUCUAAGGAAAGUUGUUUGUUGUUCAGCUGUCUGUACCGCUCCUGGUCCCACAGUCCCGUGGCAACACUGGCCUUAUGUUACCUGACACAGAACUACACACACUCGUGCUCCCUGCUUCAAGUCUUUGGGAACCUUGAGAUUACUGUGGACUUUCUCAAUGAAAUAGACAAACUCAUUCAGCUGAUUGAGUCACCAAUAUUUGCAUACCUCCGCUUACAGUUAUUGGAUGAGAGUAACAGCGAGGAUCUGAUUAGGAGCCUGUAUGGGCUGCUGAUGCUUCUACCCCAGGCCGAGCCCUUUACCCUCCUCCGUAACAGGCUCAACUGUAUCCCUCACUUCCAGAUGGCUGCAUUUGCCAACAGGACAAAGGAACAGACCAAGGUUGAACGUAACCAGUACGUGCAGGAAAUCAAGUUUGACAAGCUGUUGCAACACUUCCUGUCUGUGCAGUCUCAACAUCGCAAGGCACGACGGAAACACCUUGGAUACACACCUGAUAUUGUCUAACAUGUUUUUUAUGUUUACUCCAGUACUGUUGUAACUUUUUUUUAUGAAUUAAAUUAGUUGCAAAAGUAUUGCACUUUCCUAAUGAGGUGGAUUGAUUGCAGAUGUAAAGUUAUUGAAGCCAGAAUGAGUGCAUAUGAGAGUUACAGUGUUCAGUUAUUUGACAACUUGAAAUAUAGUAUGUGAUGGUGCAUUCCACUUGGAGCUUGCACAGUGCUAGGUGUUGUUAGGGGACUAGUCAUUCUAUUAAUGUUGACUCUAAAUUAUUUAAUAAGCUCAUCUGAUUUAAUGCCCCUGAGGAUGGGCAUAUUUAAUCGCACUGUCUAUCCUUUUUUCCAGUUUUUUGUGUCUGGGUUGUAACUUUGACAUACAGGGAAAGUUUUAACAUUACUUGGCACAUGGGCUUGGUGCAUAAAGAAGGCAUGUCACAUGCAUGUCCCUACCUCUUUCUUCUUCACUCCCCUCUCUGGAGGUAAACCAUCAUGGGGUCUGGCAUAUACUAAAGUUUAUGUUAGCUCUUCCUGAAUGUAGGCUUAUUAGUAAUUACAUAAUCCUUUGAACUGGAUGGCACUUCGGUGACAUUUGUCACUUACUGUGACAGCUCUUGUUUGAAUAAUAAGUCAAGGUAUUGUCGUGGCCUUGCUCUCGGUGUUAAGUCAAGGUAUUGUCGUGGCCUUGCUCUCGGUGUUAAGUCAAGGUAUUGUCGUGGCCUUGCUCUCGCUGUUAAGUCAAGGUAUUGUCGUGGCCUUGCUCUCGGUGUUAAGUCAAGGUAUUGUCGUAGCCUUCAUUGAAAAACUUUAAACUUGGCCAUAAUUAAAAAAAAAUACUAUUCAAAAUAAAUAUUUUUACUAGGGAUGCAAACGAAUGGCAAAACUGAUAUUCGAAUAUUCGGUAAUUCUUUCGAUCGAAUAUUCGAAUAUUCGAAUAUUCGAUUACCAACAUUAAUAUUUUAGAAGUGCAGUAAACUAUUAUUAGUAUUCACAUUUUAACCCUUCCUUGUCGUAGCCGGUUCACGCGACGGACCCUUAUUUUUCACAAACUCAGCCACUGAAAUUCCCAAUUUUCAGAAGCAAAACAAUCAAAUAAAAAGCAAUAGAUUUUGAACAUACAGAAAACAACUUCAAUAAUAAUUUCCAUUCCACUGCAUUAAUAUUUGUAAACAAGGGGAAGAUCGUAAAUUUGCGGUUGAAUGCCGCGAACCGGAUCUCAGGGUUGUUAUGUAGGACGGGCAGCCUCGUUCGGGAAUUGACUUCUACUAAAUAUAACCUUUGGAUAAUCAACCCAACUCGGGAAAUGGUAAAAUAAUAAAACGAAAAAAAAAAAGAAUUCUGACUAAUCUAUUGUAUAACAAUACAGAAAAUAUAUCAUAAAACGCUUUCAUAUACAGUUACAUUUUAAAGCACGGAUGUUAUAUCGAAGCAUGGAAAACAGUUUGUUAGCACAUAACUAGAAAAUGUCAUUCAUAUCAUCAAGGCAAUUUGAGCUAUAUUGCAGGCAAGACAACACAUUGCUGUGGGGGCCGAUGCCGUAAAUCCUUUAUUUGCAUGGUCAUUUGGAUAUACUGAAAACUAUUGAAACUUCUUUGAUGUCACUUGUCUACUUGCCAGUUUUCGUAAAAUUACGGGGACUGUUUAUAAUCACCGACGAUGUAUCCCUAAUUGACAUAUGACGCGGAUAUAGUGUAUUUGUCAUCACAUUCACGCCUCUGGCAUAAGGGGUCACUCCUUAUAAAAACAAAACAGCACAUUUCGAGGCAAUAGUUAUAUUAUUUUAUUUUUAUACAAAAAACAUCGAAUAUUCGAAUAUUGAUUUUAACAUUCGAAUACCAAACGUUUGAUCGAAUAUUCGAAUAUUCGAAUAUUCGUUUGCAUCCCUAAUUUUUACACAUUUGCAGGGACAAUACGAACAUAUGCGAGGCCCAUAUUUCUUGCUUUCAUAAUUGUUGACUUAUGGGCUUUGUUUGAUGAAAAAUAACAGAUGAGCAUCAUCAUUCGCUCCUUUGUAUUGUGUAGAUUUUUUUUCAUAUCAGUUUUCUGAUAUAAUGGAUAAACAAAUACAUCAUUCAGUACUUCAUCACUGCCAAGGUAAAAAGUUGCCAAGGUCACAGUAUGAGAAUUUCAUUUAUUGUUGAUUUAUUUCACAGGUUAUAUAUAUAACCUGAAAUGAAGCAGCAUUUUGUGGCAGUAUCAUCCGAAUCAUGCACAAGUUUAAUCUGCAUAUCUAUUUUCAAGUUUUCUUUAUUUUGGUCAGUUUUACAUUUAAUGUCGUUUUUUUGUUAUAAAUUUAUUUACAAUUAUUGUUGUCAUUAUUGAUUUAAAUGUAUGAGAAUGUACAUUAGUGUUGAAGAUAGCAGGGUACUGCAUGUUGGUCUGGGAGGUUGUAUUUGACUCGAGUGGAUUGCUUCAAAAUGAUAAAAAUUGUUGAUUAUUAGCUGUCAUCACAUGACAUGCCUUGUUUUGAGUGUAAUACAACCUUUAUGUGUUUAAUAAUAUAACUGGACAUUGUCAUCAUUUUGCCAGACUAAUGUUUGACUUAAACUUUUACAGAAAAUGAAUAAAAUCUGUAUAUUUAGGAAAAAAUGCUGUCAUGUGAUAAAAGAAUCUUACAAUCAUUGCCAUUUAAUACAAAAUAACGGUAUAUUGAAAUAUAUUACGCAAUUUGUUUUAAACUUGCUGAAGUCUCGAUAUAUAAACUUGUUUCAUAAACUGUUUUUGUAUUAAAUGUCAACUCAUGUACAGUCGUAUAGUUGUGUAAAAAUAUUGAAGAGAUCGAAACUUAAGCUGGAUUGUUUAAUUGCUGUUCUUAUGGCAUAGGCUACUAAUGUUAUUCUUUUUUUAUUGUCAUUGAGUUUGGGACCAUAUCAUUUGUUGCUCAUAUCCUAUUUGUUUACUCUACACGUAUUGUUUGAUUGUGUAGACAUUUUUAUAAGCUGAUGUGUAUCAUGUUGUAGUCCAUGUCCUGGACACCAGGGAGUGGUUACAUCAUGAACCCUAGGAGGAGUGAUUUCAUAUCUCUAAUACUCUGCUGUUGGAUAUCUCUCCUUGAUAUGAUAUCACUCCUAGGAUUUUGAAUGAAACCGCGCACAGGGCUGGUUCCCUUUUUGGUGGAGCCGAGAGAAUGGUUUAUACAUGUUCUAGUUUAUUAUAGCUUGAUUGUGUAGAGAGCUGAAAGCUGAUGUUAGUCCCUCCUGGGCAGCUGUCAGAACUGUGUCCUUUUUUGAGAGGUCAUGAGAAAGUACCCCAGGUGGGAAUUGAGCCAAACCUCUGGAGUGAAAGGCGGACACCUUUAUGACUAGACAACUCUUAACUCCUUGUUGGAGUUCAUGACACAUUUGGUGAGAGGUGGACAACUAGAUCACUGGACCACUUUCACCUGUAACUUAAAAUGUUAUCUUUACUUGUAUAUGUUAGCAUAUUUCUAUCUCUGUAAAAGAUUCUUUCAUGAUAUAAUUAGGACAUAAGUAAGCAAUAAAAGUGCUUGAUAUAUGCCUGCUGCAUGUCACAUUGUAGCACCUGUAUCUGGCAGUUAUAAAAUGCAUUCAUUGUUCCAUUUAGCAUUUCAAUAAAUUCCUCUUAUUUUAUUGUGCAAUAUGUUUAUUUUUUUCAAGACUUUAUUAUUGGUCUUAAGAAAUUUUGAAAUAAAAUUUCAAAAGUCA